CUCCUCAUCCCCUCCAUUACACACAUUUUCUUUACUUAUUUUCUUUAAAUUGAUUCUCAUUUUUUAUCCCACAAAAAUGGCUGUUGUCACCGGCAUUGUCUUCAUCAUUUUCUCGGCCUUAUCAGUCGCCGACGGCAGAAUCCCUGGUAACUUCGCCGGCGGCCCUUGGCAAGGUGCCCAUGCUACCUUCUAUGGUGGUAGUGAUGCCUCUGGUACCAUGGGUGGGGCUUGUGGGUACGGAAACUUGUACAGCCAAGGGUACGGGGUCAACACGGCCGCGCUCAGCACAGCAUUGUUUAACAACGGGCUGAGCUGUGGCGCGUGUUUUGAAAUUAAGUGCGCGGAUGACCCGAGAUGGUGUCAUCCGGGCAGCCCAUCUAUUUUUGUGACAGCUACUAACUUUUGCCCACCAAAUUUUGCUCAGCCAAGUGACAAUGGUGGCUGGUGCAACCCACCUCGUACUCACUUUGAUCUUGCUAUGCCUAUGUUCCUUAAAAUUGCCGAGUAUCGUGCCGGAAUCGUCCCGGUUUCUUACCGUCGGGUACCAUGUAGGAAAGCUGGUGGAAUAAGGUUCACAAUCAAUGGUUUCCGCUACUUCAAUUUGGUUUUGAUCAGCAACGUUGCAGGUGCUGGUGAUAUCCAAAAGGUGUGGGUUAAAGGUACCAAGACCAACUGGAUGAGCAUGAGCCGUAACUGGGGGCAAAAUUGGCAAUCUAACUCGGUCUUAACCGGUCAAGCACUUUCUUUCAGAGUAACUACCAGUGAUCGCCGCACUUCCACCUCGUGGAAUAUUGCUCCACCAAACUGGCAAUUCGGCCAGACCUUUGCCGGAAAGAAUUUCCGGGUUUGAAGGGAAUAGAAAUAUCCAAUUUUACCCAUUUAGGAAGGAAGGGAAACACUAUCUUAGUUUUUUGUUGCUGGUGUUGUUUUGUGUCUAGUAGCGUUAUGUUUGUUUUUCGGGUAGUGAAAGUUAAUAGUUGGAAAGGUGAAGGGGGGUAAAAUAGACAUGUUUGGAAACUUUUUCAGAUUUCUCAAGCAUUUUAGGGUUUGUGUAAGCUGAGGCGGUUGCAAGAAAAAAAAGGUGCAGCCCGCAGCAAAUGCUGCUAAAGUUUUUCUUUUUAAGUCAAAAAGUGGUGGUUUUUAUUUUAUUUUUUUGUAUUUGGGUAUCAAAAGUAAUAUGUAACUAGGGGGAUUUGUGUCACUACUACUAAUUUACAUCUUGUAAAGUCAGAGAAUGACUACUUCUUUAAAAGUAGACUUUGGUUUGUAUUAUUGAUCUAUCUAAAUCUAAAUAUUGUGUUUUGAAGUUUA